CGCCGGCAGCGGUUACGUUUGAAAGCAGUUUGAAAAUCCUAACGGUCGCUUGUGUUCCUUGCUGGGCGGUUAUGAAUGUUUACUUCCGCGAAUUCGUGUCAGAUUGAAUGGAUAUAGGCCAGUCCGGAACGCGUGCCGUCGUUGCUCAAGAUUUUAACAACUGACACGUCGAUUGAGAGAAGAGAAUCUGAAAAAUUGACUCGUCUCUUCGUAAAGGAAGCGUGAAUUUACCGAUUGACCAUGGAUGCUUUCACGCAGCGAAUGCUGGAACGUGCCCAAGCUCGUAGGGAGAAGCUUGACAAACAGUUGAACAGUGUUGGUGAACAAACAAGUUCGAAGAAGAGAGUUCCUUUGCUGGAGAGCAACCAGCCAGCAGUGGAAUCAUCUGUCACAGUUUUUUCAUCCCAAUGCUCAUCCCCAUCCCCUGUGAAAGGCAAGGCUGCGUUAUCGAGGAAAGUCUCAACUGCUUCUCCCAAGAGAUUAUCUCAGGGUGGACGGAGGUUUAGCAAAUCUCCAAGGAAGGAAGCCACACCACCUCCUCCUGCCCGCCCAGUUUCAGAUGAUGAAACCGAAGAUGAUGAUCGAGGUAUGGAGAGUGACUCUGGCAGUGAAAGGGAUUCUUGUCCAAGUAACAGCCAAAAGCCAAGACAGACUUCAGGUGGUGAAAGCGGAGCUGCCAUAACUGAUGGAGUUCGCUCUCGCCUCAAGCGAAUGGGAGCUCUGUAUUCUGACGCUGAGCAGCUGUCCUCACCCAUUCAUCGGACUGAGGGAAGCUUUUCUGCGGAACCUGUGGCAUCCAAGACAAGGAACAAGUCUGCAACACGCUCAGCUCGCUUAGCUGCUCUGGCUAGCACGAUCAACCAGUGGGAGGAUGAUCUAAGUCACCCUAGUGUUGCCACUGCAGCGGCUCGAGAAAAGGCUCCUGUCUCUAAACCUGUAUCAAGGUUAAAUGCAGGCGGCAGAAAACGGAAAUCUAUUGGCAAGAAUGAACAGCAACCUGCCACUUGCAGUACUGAGAAAGGUUCUCAAAGUCCUAACAAAUUUGCUCCCAGCUCCAGAUUGCCUGGAAUUAAAGUUUCCAGGAAAUCUGGAGAGUGCAGUCCCAAAGGGAACAUUUUGGCAGAGGUAACAUCAUCUCCUACAAAAGCGUUGCAGUGGGAUAAGGCCAUGCUCGAUAGCUUGGAGUCGCAGGGCUUCACCCGCUCUUCCUCCAAUAAUCGACUCAUAUAUGACUAUGAGGAAGAAACUCAGGAUACUAGUGUUGAUACUGAGGCUUCAGAAGAUAAUCAGGAUGAGAAUGCUGGACGAAGUCCACUGAGAGGAAGUCCACUGAGAGGAAGCCCACUCAGAGGAAGCCCUGUGAAAAACUUCAACAAAUUCACCAGCCCUUCACGCAGCCCAAUGGUCAUGGGUGUGGCACAACUUAGGAGCGCUGCUUCCCCAAUCAGACAGUCCCCUGGCAGUCCCUCUGUGGGUGCAUCUUCUCCGGUCAAAUCUCAGUUCAAAUUCAAUCUUAAACCAGUCAGUAUUGAUGACUCUCAACCUGAAGGCUCAGUUCUACAGCGAGCAGCCAAGUAUGAAUCCGAAGCUACUAGCCCAACGAAGCGUAUGAGAGACCCAGCGGAACUCCCUCUAUCUGAACGAAUGGCAUUGUUUGAGAAAAAUAAGGGGCCUCUCUUGGUGCCUAAAGUGCCGUUUUCAACACCCAUGCCUGCCAAGCUUCUGAAAGAAAGUGAACCAACAGCUCAGCCAGCACGCAAAUCUCCCAAAAAGCCGACGGCAGCAUGCCCUCCUAUCAAGGAACCUGUCUUGCCCAAGUCUCCAAGCAAGGUUGCUUCUACCAUGAAGCAAAAUAUUGAAGAGUCUGCUGUUCUUCGGCGCUUGCAGUUAUUUGAAGCUGGUAGGAUUGGCUUGGAAGAGAGCCCCAGCCGUCCCCAAAACCAGGCGGUAGCUGAGAGGAGAAAAGAAAUGGAAAUGUUGUCAAGCCGCUGGAACCGUAACAAGGAGAUGGCUGUUGAUGAACCAUCCUCUCCCGCACCAAAAUCUCAAGCAACUCCUUUGAAGGCAUCACACAAUGUGGUACCAGGUACUCCUCCACCACCUCCUCCAAUGCCAGGGUCUCCUCUUGCCACUGCAGCUACACCUCCCCGCCGUUCCCCUCGUCGGCCAAUAUCUCAAGAUGUGUAUCCUGGAGCAUCUGAUGUGAAGAGGAUUAAAGUGUCUCCUCCCAAACCUGGUCGUUUAUAUCCCAGUCUGUCAGAUGUUGAGGCAACUACUGAAACUGAAGACCAUUCCAGUGCUGAUCACAGUUAUGAGGAUGAAGAGUCCAGUUUGGAUCUUGAUUCCACAAACAAUAGCUUUGGGAAGGACAUUUUGGAAGCAGCUGAGAAAGUGCAUUCAUCAUACAGAUCUCAAAAAGAUUCCAAGGAUGAUGUAUCAAUCACUGAAUCUGCCGUCCUAAGAGACAUGGAUGAUUUCCUUGAAGAGGCUUUGGAUGAAAGCUCUGAUGAGGAGCAAAAACCUUCACCUCCCAAAAAGACCCGCACUACUCCCAGCAAAAAGUCAGAUAGCUUCCAUUACAAAGAAAUGGUUAAAGAAACUGUUCCGGAACCUGUCCUGGAGCGCAGAUCACCUAGACGUGCUUCUACCAAAUACCGAGCACCCCAGCCCCCUUCCACUCCCUCCACUGCAAGCUCGACGGAGGAACAGCAGAUGCCUCUCAUGCACACAGUCAGUUUCUAUCGGAAACAGCAAAAUAUGACCCCACGAACACCUGCCAAACAGGUUCAAACUCAAGGCUCUCCUGAAAAGCUGCAGCCCAAGGCGGAAGAGAGGAAUGAACAAGAGAGGCAUCUUGUUGAAGUUCGUGUGCGAAACCUUCUUGAUGAAGUUUCCAAACAGCAAACUGUUAUUUCUCAGGCCAGUCAGGCUCUCAACCUUUGUAAUGCCACUGUUGAAUUCUCUGGUUCCUCUGAACAAGUUGAAGGGGAGCGACUUUUGCUUCUUUCAACCCACAAGCGCCAAGCGGCCCUCAAUGAAAUUCAGCGUUUGAAAGUGGAGGGCACCCUUCGGCCCCAGAAUCCAUCCGGCUAUGACUUGAGUAACUUUUCAGAACAUGGCACUCUUCACAUCAGUAACAUUACUCUGCCUGUAAAGCGCGACUUCGUGCGCUCUAUUUCUGCUGAAGACAACAGCCAUCAUUUUGUGUGCCUUGCCAAGUGUCAAGAUGUUAUUCUAGCGACCUCAGUCCUGUCCAUUGCAAACACACGAGACCUUCAGGGAGGUCAGACACUGCGUUUUACUUCUUCACUGACUUUGGCAGACCUGUACAGUAAUUUCAGGGUGACACUUGAAAUCUACACCAUGACCUGUCGCAAAGAAGUGUUGCCUCAUGAUAUUAAGUACCACAUCAACAAGAAGGAUGUUUCCAAACAUCGCAUGACACCCAAGAAACAGAAGCAGGAAUCUCAUCUCUUGCGGCCCCCAGUCCAAUCCCCGGCUGGCCCUGGUGCUGUGAGGUCACCACAGUUCUCUCUUAUUGGAUAUGUCAUCUUUUCACUAAGAGAAAUCCAAAGAACUUCGUUUACUCUCAAUAAGGUACCAUAUACUAGUCCAUUGGAAGGAAGCAUUCAACUUUCUCUCAAAUGUGACCUCUCAUUGGACAUUGAACAUCGUGGUUUCCUGACAAUGUAUGAAGUGGUUUCUGGCUAUGGAGCAUGGCACAGACGUUGGUGCCUUCUGAAAGGGGAAAUGUUGUCUUACUGGAAAUAUCCUGACCAUGAGAAGAAGGAGAUUCCUAUUGGUUCUAUUGAUCUGAGAUCGUGUGUUACUGAAAAUGUUGGGCUUGUGUCUCGAGAUCUGUGUGCCCGUCUCAAUACUUUCUUGCUAGAAACAUCAAGGCCAGCCAAACCUACAGAUGAAAACUCUCUUGACUUAAUUUGUAUGGGAGAUGUCACUCACGUUCGGCACCUACUGUCAGCAGACACCAGAGAAGAGCGCCUUGACUGGUGUACUCAAAUCAAUAAAGCUCUUGCAGUUAUUCGGGCUUGGGGAAAGAAGACAGACCUAUAAUUUGGACAAGGUAAAGGGGUCCAAAUGUCUCAUCAAAUCAAUUACUGACAUGCCAUAAAGUGGCUUUAAUCUUCUAACAAGGUUCACCCAUUAUGGUUUAAACUGCUAUUUUAUCAUGACAUGUUGACAAUUUGUUUAUAUUCAUUGUAUUUAUUCUGUCCCAUGUGUGCUCUGUUUCUAUUAACUCACGCUCUCUCAUAGUACUUUCCAUGUGUGAUAUUCCUGGAAAUAAUGUACUUAUAUUUUAUCACCAAAUAACUCACUCUUAACGCUUCUAAUGAAUCUGUUUGUAUUAACACCUCCUGGUGCAGAUGUAUCUACCAGAUCCCACUGGUAUUGGGACUUGUUACCAAAUCUCUUUCUCUGAGUUGUCUGGUAGUAGAGUCUAGCCAGCAGGAUAAUAUGUGCCCAGACUUGAAUGAAUUUCAUUGUGAUGUAAGACAUUGUAACAGUAUUAUUUUACAAUCUCAAUCACUUGUUAAGAUUAUGUCAAUCACGAAUCUCUAGUUCGCUCUCUUUUUUCUUGAUUUUACUUUCUAGUGUAAGUCUGGUGUUUGAGUUCUGUCUUGUGAUGUUCUUCUAUCCUGUAAAGUCUUACCCCUUCCAGAUUGUAUUCUUUGAGGAAAAAAGAUUUGUUGGGAGUUUCUACCAAAAUUUCCACAAAUCCUCUUGUACUACCUUGAGAAACCUUUCCCUACCCUGACAAUGAGUGUUAAUUUCCAAGCGCUCUAAUACCUUUACUAUUUAUGCUCUUAGAGGAUAUUCUUAUUAUCUAUCAUCUUAGUUAACUGAGAUGGCCAUGAGAGUGUCUGCCAGCUUAUGUACAAGUUCACUGCUUAGUAAUGAAUGCAGAGCUUUUGUACACAACUUGGUUGAAAAUAACCAUUAUAGAUUAUUUUAUGUUACAAUUGAUUUAUUUUUUAUUAUCCUUGUGUACUAUUUCAAUUAUAGAGAUAGCCAAUCGUC